AUCAUGAGACCAAACAAUGAAUAUCUUUACAUCCGCUUCAGUUAGUCUGUUUUCAUACAAGUACAUUUUAGACUGCUAUUUAUGUUGUUUGAGGGUGAGGCUGGAACGGAAGAACAUUUUGGUGGGAGGUCCUGCUGGGGGUGGUGGUAGGUGGUGACUAAAUGAGAGAGGAGGAGGAUGCAAGCUUAUUUUGCUCCUUCAGGGUAACUUCAAACCUUCCCACCUUUAUUUCUAUAACCAAAAAUUCUCACAACACAUGCUUUGGAGGAGGAGGAGGAGGAGGAAUUGGAUGCUAGGUGAUUACUUGAGCGCUCCAUUCAUCUGUGCUGGAUUCUGCUAAAAAAGUCACACUUUGCGAAGAUGCUGCUUUAUGAAAAAGGUCCAAAUCAACCAAGUUAUAUCCAAACAAUGAUUCCAGGAGUUCUCGUAUGGAUCAAUUCUUAGUUCGUUUUUGCAAAUUCACAUGACUUUGGUGUGGUCAUCUUUCAAACUGAAGGACAGCCAUGUUUAAACGAUGGCUGCUGGCCCUGCUGGCCCGGGUGGGCUUGGUGGCGGCGGGCCUCUGCUGCUGUGCGGCUCUGUUCUACCUGCUGGUCUGCAGACCCUCAUCCAGAGACCCUCGGCGAGACCCCUUGUGGUCGUCGGGGACCACCAGCAAGGAAGGCUACAUGGCGCUGCUCCAGGAGAGGGAAGACUCCCACAGGCAUUACAUUGACAGCCUGGGCAAGCAGAUAGCGCAGCUCAAGGAGGCUCUCCAGGCGCGGACUCUCCAGCUCCAGGAGUCACUGGACAAAGCCAAAAUUAAAGGCAUUCUGCCUCAGGGCCUGGAGAGUCUGCACAAAACCCCCACGCAGUCUGACCUGAAGGAGUUCUUCCGCUCACAGCUGAACCAUGCCGAGGUCAACACAGGCGUGACGCUACUCAAUGAAUACGUCUUAAUCCCAUUUGACACUUUUACACUGCGGAGGGUGUACCAGUUGGAGACGGGUCUGACUAGGCACCCCAUGGAGAGGCCUGUGAGGAAGGACUGCAGAGAUGAGCUGAUAGGCAGCGUGGAGACAGCGCUGCAUGUCCUCAAUGGACCUCAGCAACACGUGGACACCAGCAGGAGAAAGCGCACUUUCUCCCCGUCAGACUUCAUCGAGGGGCUGACCCGCACCGAACGGGACCGAGGUACUGUGUACGAGUUGAUGUUCAAAGGCGACGGGCCGCGGGACUACGCCAAGACGGUUCUCUUCAGGCCUUUCGGGCCUUUGGUUAAAGUGAAGAGCGAGCUAGUGGACACACGCAGCAUGCUCAUCAACAUCAUUGUACCGCUUUCCAAGAGGGCGGAUACAUUCCGCCAUUUUGUUCACAACUUCAGAGAGGUGUGCAUCCAGCAGGAUGGUAGGGUCCAUCUCACAGUGGUCUACUUUGGCCAUGAGCAGAUUGACCAGGUGAAAGCCGUGCUGGAUCAGACAACCAGGGAGACCCGCUUCAGAAGCUUCACGCUGAUCCAGCUCAAUGAGGAGUUCUCACGUGGGCGGGGCUUAGAAGUGGGUGCCAGAGCCUGGAGGCGAAGUCAAAACGUCCUGAUGUUUUUCUGUGACGUAGACAUCCACUUCACAGCAGACUUCUUGACUGCCUGUCGCCUCAAUGCAGAGCCUGGCAAAAAGGUGUACUACCCAGUCCUCUUCAGCCAGUACAAUCCAUCUAUCAUCUACAGUAAUUACACUCAUGUACCAUCUAUCCAGGAACAACUGGUGAUAAGUCGCGACACAGGUUUCUGGAGAGAUUUUGGCUUUGGGAUGACAUGCCAGUACAGGUCGGACUUCCUCAACAUAGGUGGUUUUGACCGCAGCAUUAAAGGUUGGGGUCUGGAGGACGUGCACCUCUACAGGAAGUACCUGCACAGCAAACUGAUGGUGGUGCGAGCCCCGUCACGUAGUCUCUUUCACUUGUGGCACGAGAAGAUGUGCAGCGAUGAGCUGCCACCGGACAAGUACCAGAUGUGCAUGCGGACCAAGGCCAUGAGCGAGGCCUCGCACGGCCAACUGGGAGAGCUGCUCUUCAAAGCUGACAUCCAAGCGCACCUGGAAAGGAACGGAAGACGCUCAUGAAGUGCUGCACAUUGAACUCUUAAUUUUAAUUUUAUACUCGGAUUAACAGAGAUGUGUGUUAUAGAGUAAUGCUUUGAGAUCCAAAUUUAAUUUGAUUCUCCAAUCAUCUUUCACCAUUAAAAUGAAAGGAAGCCUACCCCUGAAAAACAACACCAAAUUCUGUAGUGUUUUUAAAUGAGAUAAUAGCAUUAUUUUACAGGUAUAUUUUAGUUUAUAAAAUCAGAACAUAAAAACGCAAAUAAAACACGUUCAGGAUAAAACCAAAUAAAAAAUAGAAGACUGCAGGAAGUGAUUAAGGUAUGAAUCAGGGUUUCUGCAACAGUGAAUAGGGUGGAGGAGAGCAAUGUUUUUCCCAAGAAAGAAAGCUAUUUUCAACAGGUUCCUUGAAGCCAGGCGGGGUUACUAUUGGAGAUGACAAUGUUGUAGCAGUGGAGGGGUUGAGUUUGCUUUGCUCGCAUCCAGGAUUUGAUUUCACAGAGAAUGGUUUGACACGGUAGAGUAGUUGGAGGAGGAUACGGGACGUAAUCAGUGUAGCAGUGGAACUUGAGAGCUUCACACCAUGAUUUGGUCAACUGGGACAAGGUAGCGGGAAAAGUC